GACCGAAAUGCCCCUAACAUGGUCCCACUUAAAUUCUCUUUACAUACCCAAGAAUCACAAGGUGUGAGCGUAAACCCCAUGCAAAUCUUCAAACAGCAACGGUCGAUCACAUGGGCGCUAAAACCAUUAUACACAAACGUGACAACAUUUAUCAAGAGGCUCUUUUGCAUUAUAACAGGCUCUCCUCAUCCAUCACUCCCAGAAUUCUUCCCACCUCCAAACAUUAACGAUGGACAACUACAGGCGGAACCCGCUGAAGCCGUGGAAGAAAGGCCCGGCGAGAGGGAAGGGCGGGCCCCAGAACGCGAUGUGCGAAUACAGAGGGGUUCGGCAGCGGACGUGGGGGAAAUGGGUGGCGGAGAUCCGGGAGCCUAAGAAGAGGACGAGAAUGUGGCUGGGGUCUUUCGCCACGGCUGAGGAGGCCGCUAUGGCAUAUGAUGAAGCCGCUAGGAGACUCUAUGGACCGGACGCUUACCUAAACCUCCCUCACUUGAGGUCCUGCAACUACACCAACAACCCCCUAAACAGAUCCCACAAUAAUAAGGUCAAGAAAUGGUUACCUUCCGCCAGCAACAACUUGAUUUCUCUGUUCCCCGCUGCCAGGCUGCUCAACCUAAACGUGCAACCGAACGUGCGUGUCGUUCACCAAAGGCUUCAAGAGCUGAAGAAAGCGGAAAAAGCGUCUUCGUCCAGCUCAUCCUCUCCCCGAUGUGACCCCACCGUCGUACAAACCUGCUUGGUUAAUGAUCAAGAAACUACAGGUAUAUAUGUUUGGAUCUUGGAAAAUAAUAGGGAAAAGUAAAAGGAAGUGUGCACAAAUGCUACAUUUUCUUAUACUACGUAUUUGCUUUCAACCUGGAAAAAACACAAGGAAACGAAAAAAUUUACCCCAGGGCCUCAAAGGCUCCGUCCCGCCCUUUGCGGUGUGGGCGGUACGUAGACCCCUAUGUUUAAAACAUAGAGCGGCGGUUCCCGGAUGACACAUGAUGAGCGCUGAAAGUUGCAUUGACUAACUUCUACUUGACCAUUAAAGAAGCGCGGACAACUUAAAGAGUCAUUUUGCUCUAUUUUAUCAACACCCAGAAGCCAAAAAAAACAGUGAUUCUUGGCUCCAUUGGAGAUGAUGGAAAAAGUUUACACACUCAGAUUUUUUUGGGUGUUAUUAUCAAGAAAUAAAAAUAAAUAAAACGAGGCCAAACAAAUAUCUAAAACAAAUCUAUUGAGUUUGAUUAUACAUUUCUUUGUCACUGAAAUUUGCUCUCUUUCUGAUUUUUCUCUUAAUUUUCUUUCCCUAGUACUAUCCGAGUUCCAAAAGGACCCCAAGGAAAAGGAACCAGAGAAGCCUCAGAUUGAUCUAAACGAGUUCCUCCAGCAGAUGGGAAUAGUUCAAAAAGAUGAUAACUGCCGGUCAGAUGUGGAUCACUUGUUUAGUUAUUUCCCGGAGCCGGAAGCUAUGUUUGGAGACAAAACCUACAGAUGGGACAGACCGGAAGCGAUACCAGGAAUAGAAAAUAAUCAAACAGUUGAUUG